UGUCAGAGGAUCUAGCAAAGCAACUGGCAAGCUACAAAGCUCAACUCCAGCAAGUUGAAGCUGCGCUGUCUGGAAAUGGAGAAAACGAAGAUUUGCUAAAAUUAAAGAAAGAUUUGCAAUGGCUCUGCAUCCCCGAAACGCCUUCCUUCAGUAAGCAGAGUGCUUGAGUGCACCCCCUUUGACCUGCUGAUAUGUAGAUCACAACAUCUGAUGCUUCCUGGGAUUGCCGAUUACUGUAACUGCUGCCCAUCUGUCAAUGAAGGAGCAGUUUCAGAACUCAGACUUGGGGGAGGAAAAGUAAUUAAUGGAAGUUAUAGAACUAACCAAAGACCUUCUGUCAACUCAACCUUCUGAAACGCUGGCAAGUUCAGACAAUUUUGCUUCUACUCAGCCCACUCAUUCAUGGAAAGUAGGAGACAAGUGUAUGGCAAUCUGGAGUGAAGAUGGACAGUGUUAUGAAGCGGAGAUUGAGGAGAUAGAUGAAGAAAACGGCACCGCUGCAAUCACUUUUGCUGGCUAUGGCAAUGCUGAAGUGACUCCACUGUUGAACCUCAAGCCUGUAGAAGAAGGAAGGAAGGCAAAGGAGGACAGUGGCAACAAACCCAUGUCAAAAAAAGAAAUGAUUGCCCAGCAGCGUGAAUAUAAAAAGAAGAAAGCUUUGAAAAAAGCACAGAGAAUAAAAGAACUUGAACAAGAAAGAGAGGACCAGAAGGUGAAAUGGCAGCAGUUCAACAACAGAGCCUAUUCUAAAAACAAAAAAGGCCAGGUAAAGAGGAGUAUUUUUGCUUCACCUGAGAGUGUAACUGGCAAAGUUGGAGUAGGAACUUGUGGAAUUGCUGAUAAACCUAUGACACAGUAUCAAGAUACCUCUAAAUACAAUGUUAGGCAUUUGAUGCCUCAAUAAUCAGAAAAACUGUUGGAUUUCAUCUCUGCAGGGCUUUACAUUUACCUUUUUAUCCUUAUAUUUUUCUAAAGGUAAAUUAUUUGUUAGACAAGUAAGGAAGAUACCAUUGUCAUUGUUUGACUUCAGUAGAAUGAAACUUGAAGAAAUUGUAUUUGAUAACUGCUAUUCAUUUAAACUUUUUUCAUUACUACUACCAGUUUCCUCAAAGUUUGUUGGGUAAAGCAACUUUUCUAGAUAGAUGCUGAGUAAAUACAGCACUUAGAUUAAUUAUUGAUCUUCCUAGUAUCAGGCCCCCACUUAAUGGAUGGCAUAUACGUUUUGUAAGGUUCUAACUGGGAAGUUUCAGAUACUUUGAACUUGCCACAUAUUCUAGCAAUUCACUGGAACAUCAAGGCAAAAUACCAACCUGCUAAAGAGAACUUCUCUUCAUUUUUUUUUUUGUCUUCAGCUUAAACCUAGCUGUUGCCCAGUUAACCUAAAGGUAGGUUAAUUUGUAAAUGGCAGAGUUUUUUUUGAGGUUUUUCUCAACUCGUUUCCUAAGCCUAUCAGGCCAUCUCUAAAAUUGAUCCAGCUCUGUAUUCUUUUCAUUGAAUUUUAGUUUUAUGUAAGAAACCAUGUUUAGGACCAGCUACCUUUUCUAAUGUCUUUUUUUUGUUUUUUGUACGUUUGCUUUCCUCCUGUGUUGAUUUUCACUUAUGGUAGUGGUACCAUUUUUUGGAUGUGUAAUGUUUAUAUGAGAAAACAAAAAGCUGAUGUAUAGCCCUGUAUACAAUGUAGAUACUAUUUUUGUAAAAAACCGAGGCUAAAUUAAUGAACAAGAGUACCGAAUGUUUCAUCAUUAAAAAUUUACUGUAUUUCUUGUGCAUUAAUCUGACCAUAAUUUCCCUGUAUAAUGUUCACGUAGCUGAGUUUGUAAUUUUUGUUAACUAGAUCAAGUUGUCAGCAUUUGUUGGUAAGUGAGCAUCACAAUUAUCCUGAGCUGAGUUUAAGCCAAAUGUAUGCGUAGAAAAGGGUCUUCCUAUUAAUGGAAGAUGGUGAUUUUUAAGAUGUGUGUUAAUUUCAGUUUUUGUAUGUUUAACUUUUAUUAAAUAAAGUGUUUUUAAAAUCUC